AUGUUUGCCGAAAAGAAAAGAAUACCUGGCACUAACGUGCUGAAGAUAGAGCCGGUUGCUCAAAGAAGGCUUAACUCGUGUCUGUCUUGUCGUUCUCGGAAGCGGAAAUGUGACAAAUCCCGACCUGAGUGUAGUCAAUGCAAAGACCACGGCCGUCAAUGCUCCUACUACAAGUCGAAUUCUAAUUCAGGUCAGAAGCCCGUCAUAGUUCAAGAGGCUACAAAAAUCGGAGCUGAGGUUCUUACAACGGGACCACCGAGAAAUCUGCAGGCAGCAUUUUGGCCUUUUGUUCCAAACCACAGUGACUCAUCGAACCCAUGCUCUAGAGAAGGUCCAAUAUUUACCAAUAUCAUGUCGGCCUCCCUAUACCGUUCAGUGGGCAACCCGCAGACUAAUAUUGAGGCCCUAAGACAUUUCAUGCCAACCAAAGAAAAAGCAGACAAAUUGCUCUCCCAGUUUUUGAAAGCUGUGCAUCCCAUAGUUCCAGUUAUGGAUCUGGAAGCAGUUGCUACGUUAUAUGUGGCAUUUUGGGAGAACAGAGCGGAACCGACAUUGGAUACUUAUAUUACUUUGUUUUCAAUCCUUUAUGCAGGAUCUGUUUCUAUGUAUGAGGAAGCCAAUAUGGCUGAAGACCAGGUGGAGAGCACAGAAUAUCUUGUUAGUGAAAUGCGAAAGUAUGUAAGUGCAACUGAGGUGGCAUUGGCAAUGUCCCAUUUCCCCAGAAAGGCCACAAUUACUUCACUUCAAGGGGCAGUAAUACUUCAUUCUAUCUGCAGAAACGAUUGCAAAGCUGAUGAUAGCGGUAGUAUUGCGAUGUUGCUCCGAAUAGGCCAUUUGCUGGAGCUACACAGGGAUCCUGAACACUAUCAUAAACUCGAGGAUUUCAAAGAAAUACAAAGGCGAAGGCUGCUCUGGUGGCACAUUCUCUAUCUUGAUGGAUUGACAUCACUCUCCAGUGGAUUGCUACCCCUCAUGUCAUCUAAUGAAUACGACACGGAGUAUCCUUCCGAAGAUUCUUCUACAGGAGGAUUAGACCAGAUAAUGGUAUUUUGCAAUUGCAAGUUCCGCUGGAUUGAGUGUUGCAAUGAUGUAAUGCGAAAUUUCUUUGGAAUACAUAAGCCUACUACCCUUGGCACCGAGAAAGUGAACUUGACCCUUUCAGACCUUAAUGAAUACUGCCAACAACAAAUUCAGAAAGUAGGUAAGUCUGAAGAUUUGAUGAAGUCCAGCCAGCUGUCCUUUUCAAAGGUAGCUAUAUCAAUCAUGUCCACAUUCGCAGAUCGAUGUCAUAUGCUACUUUAUAAGAAAAUGUCAGAGAACACGUUUGUAUCAAUUGCUGAUGAUUUAGAAACAGAACGCACAAAGAAAGUGCCAGAAACAUCAUCGCUUGGGGGAUCUAUCAGUGGCAAUGUUUCCAAUGAGUUUACUCAAUGUGCGAUUCAUUUUUUGAACGAAUUUUGUUUCUAUGGUAAGAUGCCGGAAAACAAACAAUUUCUUUGGGAAAUUAGGAAAUUCCAACCAUUACAGGCCAUACUUGCUUUACUAAGGAGCCUGAUAUACGAUGGAGAACAGGUUUGUUCAAUGCAACAACCCGAUUCACAAUUUCAUUCGAAGUUCCUUCUCCCUUUGGACGAACGAGUUGUGGCGAUAGAGCGUGCACUUAAUAACCUGGGAUAUUUAUCAGAACAUACGACUCGUCUCUGCAAGGAGAGGUGGGAGACUGUCAGAAUUUUGAAGGAGAGAGCCUUCAGAUUACUAUUUUUUGACGUCAAUGUCAAUGAAUCUGAAUGGACACUUUCCAGCUCUCCAUUGAAUGAUAAUGAUCCGAUCUCAGAGAACCUGAAUAGUAUUUCGUUUCAAGAACUGCCGUCCAUUGACUGGGACAUUAUUGAGCAUGAAAUGAAAGAUAUCCGAUCUUCCUUAGAAGAGGCAAUUGCAAUAAAAAUCUGGGACCAAGAUUCGGGUCAUUUUUUGCUGUAG